AUGUCAGAGAAGGAAGGAAAAGUAAUACCCGAAACAAAUGGCAUGAAGAGACCCCGAUUUGAUCCAGUGAAGCUUGGUCUACCGGAAGAGUUUACCUUAACUGACUACACACGGCUUAAGGGUUGCAGUUGCAAGGUGCCACAACCAGAACUUCUAGCACUUCUGCAAAGUGUUUCCACUACACCCGGACGGAGGGAUGUUGGAAUGGAUUGCAGCAUUGUGAAACUGCAGCACAAGGAUGAGACCGGGAAACCGCUGUAUAUGGUAUCGACAACCGAUUUCUUUUUCCCCAGUGUUGAAGACCCCUACUUACAAGGCCAAAUUGGGGCGGCGAAUGUUCUGUCUGAUCUAUACAGCACAGGAAUCGACCGCUGCGAUACCGUUUUGAUGUUACUAGCUGCCAGUACCGACAUGGAUAAGACGGAGCGUGAGGUGUGCACGCAGGAAAUGAUGAAGGGAUUUGUGGAUCACGUAAGGCUAGCGGGAUCUGAUGUUACAGGUGGGCAAACUGUGAUGAAUCCGUGGCCCCUCAUUGGUGGCAUUGCGACGAGCGUUGUUGCAGAGUCUCAAAUGAUCCGUCCAACAGGGCUGCAACCCGGUGAUAUUUUAGUUUUGACGAAACCUUUAGGAUGCCAAAUCGCUGUUAAUCUUAAGCAGUGGCUGCGCCGCCCGUCUCCGAUCUUUGAAGAGCAGAUUCAAGGAAAGAUGGACUCGGAGGAGAUUGAAGAACUAUAUAACGCUGCUGCAGAUGGGAUGAAGCGUCUUAACCGCAUGGCGGCAGCGCUGAUGCAUUCGCACGGUGCCCAUGGUGCAACAGAUGUGACAGGUUUCGGUAUUCUUGGCCACGCGAAAAACCUUGGAAGUGCACAGAAGGCUGAUGUGUGUUUAGUACUUGAUUCCCUUCCAAUGUACAGGGGGGCCGUGAAGGCGUCGAAGCUCAUGGGGGACAAAUAUCGCUUAUUUGAGGGUUAUGCAGCUGAGACCAGUGGAGGGUUACUUGUGGCGUUCGGAACGAGGGAAGAAGCGGAGGGAUAUAUCCGUGAACUGUACGAAACUGAUGGGGAGCCGGCGUGGGUGGUUGGCCGAGUGGUGCGUAGAGAGGGGAGUGCCCCGUACGCGCUACUACAGAAAGACUAUAAAAUUAUUGAGGUGGGAGCGAAGGUAAAUGAUAAGAUUAUUUAA